AUGGAGGCUUUAGGGGGCUACCCUGUGAAGUCCUCCAGCCUGAAAGCUAAACGUUUGAGGGUGCUUCUGAGUAUGACCGUGGGUGUAGGAUGUCUAUUCCUUUUGCAGACCCAGUUGGUGAAACACAGAAAGCCAAAAGACUUUUAUUCUUUCGACGUUAGAGACGCAAAGGGGAGGACGUUUUCCUUGGAAAAGUACCGAGGGAAAGUUUCUCUAGUUGUAAACGUGGCGAGUUUCAGCGACAACACGGAGGCAAACUACCAGUUUCUGCAGGAGCUGCACAGAGAACUGGGCACCUCUCACUUUAAUGUGCUAGCCUUCCCCUGCGGUCAGUUUGGGGACACUGAGCCCGGGACCAGCAGGGAUAUUGAGGCUUAUGCCAAGUCUACGUACGGCGUCACGUUUCCUUUCUUCAGCAAAAUCAAAUUACUGGGCAAAGAGGCGGACCCUGCCUUCAAAUUCCUCACAGAUUCUGUGCAGAAAACUGUAAAAUGGAACUUCUGGAAGUUUCUUGUGGACACAGAGGGAAAAGUGGUUCGAUUCUGGAGGAACACUGAAUCUGUGGAAAGUGUGCGUGAGGAUGCAAGGGCAAUGGUUCGAGAAAUCAUCUUAAAGAGGAGAGCUGAGCUAUGACACAGUUGCUCAAACAGACUCAUAUACAUCUGUUGUGUUCUGACACCAAGAGAAAACUUAAUUGUUGCCAGGGUCAUGCCUUCUUCUAACCCUGCAUCAUUAAAAAGGUGACCACCUGUCAGCAACGUCCUGAGGUAACAUUAACAUUUGCAGCUGAAAACUUCCAAGACUUGUAUUUUUUAAAAAUAAAUUGAUUUGAAAUAUUUCA